AUGUCCAACUCUCAGGAAGUCCUUUCCGCCAACGGAAACGAUAUCGUCGAUUCCAUGGAUCAGCUCAAGAUGGAGGAGCGCCUUGGCCCUGACGGGGAGCCCGCCCCUAAGACGGACGAGGAAUACGCUCAGGCCCAACUGACGCUCCGCGCCAUCGUCUCCUCCAAGGAGGCUGGUGUCAUCAUUGGAAAAGGCGGCAAGAACGUCGCUGACCUCCGUGACGAGACUGGUGUCAAAGCCGGUGUCAGCAAGGUCGUUCAGGGCGUCCAUGAUCGCGUCCUCACCAUCACCGGUGAAUGCGACGCCAUCUCCAGAGCCUACGCCAUCGUUGCCCGCGCUCUCCUCGAGGGUGCCCCUGCCAUGGGCAUGGGCGGCAUCGUCCAAAGCAACGGCACUCAUCCCAUCAAGCUGCUCAUCUCUCACAAUCAGAUGGGCACCAUCAUCGGCAGACAGGGGCUGAAGAUCAAGCACAUCCAGGACGUCUCCGGCGUCCGCAUGGUGGCGCAGAAGGAGAUGCUGCCGCAGUCCACUGAACGCAUUGUCGAAGUUCAAGGCACCCCCGAGGGCAUCCAGCGCGCGGUAUGGGAGAUUUGCAAAUGCCUCGUCGAUGACUGGCAGCGCGGCACCGGCACUGUUCUGUACAACCCUGUCGUCCGCACCCAACCCGGUGCGACUGGUGGCAGUAUCGGCGGUGGCAGCUCUAGCUACGGCUCCGGCAGCCGCGACUAUGGCAGCCCUCGCGUCAUGCGGACGGGCAACGGCGCCGACUUCAGCAACGGCGGCGUGCGGCCCUUCAACCGCCGCUCCGACUCGGACGCGGCUUCUCGGGGCCCUCCCACUCACGACGAGAAUGGCGAGGAGAUACAGACUCAGAACAUCAGCAUUCCCGCAGACAUGGUUGGCUGCAUCAUUGGCCGUGCCGGCAGCAAGAUAAGCGAGAUCCGCAAAACCUCUGGAGCUCGCAUCUCGAUUGCCAAGGCACCGCACGACGAAACUGGCGAGCGCAUGUUCACCAUUAUGGGUACGGCCAAGGCGAAUGAGUCGGCCCUGUUCCUCCUGUACGAGAACCUCGAGGCCGAGAAGAUGCGACGCAGCCAGCUGCCGGAGGCAGAGUAG